AUGAUUUUGUCGUGCUAUCUGGGCUGGCCAGGCACAAGCACCACAAAUUCGAGCACGCGGCCCACGGGCUGGCAGUGCGAGUGGAUUCAGCAGCGUGACCUGGUUGAACACGUCGGUCGCAUGACUGACAGCAGCGCUUGCAUCACCUGGCUGAAUUCAACAUCCAUGGCCUGGCUGAGUUCGGCAGCAUCACUGGCAAUCGUCGGUGAUGACCGCGAUGCGCAGCAUGACCUGGUGAAAUUUGGCCCGCAGACUUCGCUGCAGAGGAGAAAGGAAGCAGAUUGCACAGGUUGCAUCUGA